CUAUAAAAAUGAUGAUCACAACACAUUUCUCCUUCAAUCACAAAAUUUCACAAAACCCUUUCAGAAUUUCUCGACAAGCUGAUCAAAACCCAGAAUUCAGUUUUCAUAAAAGUUACAUCUUUUUUUUUUGUUCCUUCUCUUUACGUACGCUCUGUUUUCAUCAAUGGCGUCAAGGAAGCUUUUUUUUGUCAAGCCUAAAUACAUAUAUCCAGAACCAGAACCAGAGAUGUCCGAUGAGAAUGUCUUUGAAUUCGACGAAUCUGAUAUUCAUAACUUAGGCGAUCAUCAAUUGCCGAAUUCAUUCGACGCUAAGAGAUCGAUAUCUAUCUCUCGAUUAAGGAGAAAACCGGCGAAAACCGGAGAUUCCGUCGGUUCUGGAAACCGGGAAAUCACAAAGACCGGUUCGCUUCCGGUUAAUAUCCCCGACUGGUCUAAGAUCUUGAAGAGUGAGUAUAGAGGUCAUGCGAUACCUGACGAUGACAGUGAUGAUGAUGACGAGGAAGAUGACGACAUCAACGACGGUGGAAGACGGAUCAUUCCGCCGCACGAGUAUUUAGCGCGGCGGAGAGGAUCGUCGUUCACGGUGCAUGAAGGAAUCGGUGGAACGGCGAAAGGAAGAGAUCUAAGGCGAUUGAGGAACGCUAUUUGGGAGAAGAUUGGGUUUCAAGAUUAAUAAUAUAUUAAGUAUGUAAUUAAUUAUAACUCUAUAGGUAAUCUAUGAAUUACUUAGAUCUUAAGGAAGGACUUCGUGUUUUUAAUUAGGGGGUUUAGAGGAUCGUUAUCGUUUCGGUCCGAAGGAGGAUUUUUCCCAUAUCCUUUUGACUUUUUUUCUCUCUUUCUUUUUUUUUUU